CGCAGGUGGGGCCGGGCCUGGAGCCUUUGGGGGGCUGAUACUGUCUAACAAUGAAUCAGUUCUAUAAUAGCAUUGAGCCAAAUGUUAUUGAUGAUAAAAUGGUUCAGAAAGCUGUUGAAGAGCAGUGUCCAGAGGACAUAAGAAAGCUUGUCAAAAGGGAAGGUAUUGACUUUAAGGAUGUGACGGAGCUACAGCUCAGUUUCAGAAAUAUCCUGCAGAUUGAUAAUCUGUGGCAGUUUGAGACUCUGACUAAACUGCAGCUGGACAACAACAUCAUUGAGAAGAUAGAAGCUCUGGAGAGUCUGGUUCACCUUGUAUGGCUCGACUUGUCCUUCAACAAUAUUGAAGUAAUUGAGGGCCUGGAUACCCUUGUCAAACUGCAAGACCUCAGUCUCUACAAUAACAGAAUAUCUAUAAUUGAGCACAUGGACACAUUGCAAGAGCUGCAGAUUUUCUCCAUAGGAAAGAAUAACCUAACCAUUCUGGAAGAUGUGAUUUACCUCAGGAGGUUUAAAAACUUACGGACACUGAAUCUGGCUGGGAACCCUUUCUGCAACGAUGAGCAGUAUACGCUGUUUGUUGUUGCUCAUCUUCCAGACCUGGUAUACUUGGACUUCAAGCUCGUGAGUGACACCACACGAGAAGUUGCAGUUUUAACGUAUCAAGAUCAUACUGAGCCAUUGGAACGUGAGGAGGCUCAGGCCUUGGCUGAGCUGGAGGAAAACCAGGCAAAGCAGAAAGAGCUGGAGUACCACAAGACAGCCUUUGUUGAGUACCUGAAUGGAUCAUUCCUGUUUGACAGUAUGUAUGCAGACGACACAGAAGCUGCCAAACUGGCUUACCUCCCUGGAGUGGGUGACCUGCUGCAGGCAUACAGGAAGGAGUUUGUCUCAGUUUGUGAGAGCCUAUUUAACUAUGGUCUGAAAGAAUAUGAAAAACGAGAAGCUGAAGUCUCUGAUUUCUACGAAAGCCUUCACGAAGCAUUAACAGCCAACCAGCAAGAAGGCAGGAAAAUAAUCCUAGACUUUGAAGAUCGGAACAAAAGGACGCUGGAUGAGAUUCAGAAUGCCAGUAGUUAUGAUAUUGCUGAGUCUAAACAAGCCGAGUACAAGGAGGACAUACUUCAGCUGUCAGAAGCACUCAUGACCUUGGAAAUGCUGAUGACUGACCAGCUGGAGGAACUAUUAAAGGAUUUUGAAAGAAACAUUGCUGCCAUAGCAUCAACAUUCAUUGAAAACGUUAAAGAGAUAAUGACACAGUGCCGGGACCUGGAAAACCGUCACCAUGGAAAGCUGCUAGAGAUCUCCGUCACCACACUGGAGAAAUCGGUCAAGAAUGAGCUUGACGAGGAUUUGCCAGAUGAUACUCGAAUGCUUCUUGUGAACAAAACCACCAUUGUCAACGCAGUCAACACAUCCCACGACAUCCACCUGCAGAAGAUUGAUAAGCGAGAGAGCGACAUCCUCAGCAACACCCACCGCUGGCAGGCCUCUGUGACAGAGAAGGCUUUCCAAAACGAGAUCAACAGAAACCGUGACCGUGUCAAAGAGAUUGUUCAGUACAUCGACAAUCUCCAGGAGGAACUGGAUAACGUAGAGAUCUUGGAGCUGACGGAAUAAGUCUGCCACAGGUUGGACAGCAGGGAUGGCUGCCUCUCUGUGCCUGAACUGCCUGGGACAUUUUAGGCCAAAGGCGUAUUUCUUCUAUCCCACCAUAAACUGCAAAUAAAAGAUACUCAUUGACUCUGGAAAA